AUGACAGAUGCCUGCGGUGGAGGAGAACGCGCUGCAGCCCCCACUCCCAGCCCGGAUGACUCCGACCCGGAGCUGUACUAUGAGGAGGAGGAGGAGGAGCAGGAGGAGUCCUCGGGGCCCUCAGAGCCCUUGGACAGCAGCAGCAUCUUCUCCGAUGACUCUGUCUACCCUUGCUAUGAGUCCUCCUCGGAGGCCGAGGGCACCGGGGCCCUCACCCUGUACCAGUGCUGCGCCAGGAAUGAUGCCAAGCUGGUGUGGGAGAGGCUGGAGUCGGGGGUGACCCGCGGUGAGGCCACGGAGCUGGACGUCAACGGGAGGAACGCCCUGAUGGUCGCCUGCGUCAAGGGCUUCGUGGACAUCGUGCCCCUGCUGAGGAAGUGCCCCUACAUCGACGUCAACCAGCAGGACAAUGACGGCAACACGGCCCUCAUGAUGGCAGCACAGGCAGGACACAUCACCAUCGUCAACUACCUCCUCAACUACUACCCCGCGCUCGAGGUGGACCAGCGGGACCCGCGGGGGCUGACGGCGCUGAUGAAGGCAGCGGUGCAGGGGCGGGAGGACUGCGUCACCGCCCUGCUCCUGGCGGGGGCUGACCUGGAAGCGGUGGACGCCGUGAAGGGGAAGACGGCCAAGGAAUGGGCGAGGUUCACCGGCCGCUUCGAGACCACGGUGCGGAUCCGGACCCUCCUGCGGCGCCCGCGGGCGGAGCAGUUCGGAGCCCAGUACCGGCCCGAGUGGCCGGCCCUGGCCGAGCUGGUGGCCAGGGCCCUGAGCCCCAAAUCCCGGAGCAGGAGGCUGCUGGAGAAGAUCCGCGCCAUGUUCGCCUUCAGCUUCCCCCGCAACGCCGAGGAGGACGGCGUGAUGGACCACAUGGUGAGGAUGACCACGGCCCUCGCCAGCCCCUUCGUGGCCACCGCCUGCCAAACCGUCUGCCCCGACAGCCCCCCCGAGGUGGGCAAGCGCAGGCUGUCCGUGCCGGAGAUCCUCGGGCAGCACGUGCCGGACCCGGACGCCGACUCGGGGCUGUCCUCGAGGCCCAGCACCGCCUCGUCCUCCUGCAACGGCCAGGCCGUGAUGGAGGUGCCGCCAAUGCCGCCACGCCGGCCGGGCAGCCGCUUCCUGCGCUUCCUGCCGCUGUGGCUGCGGAGAGGGAACAGCAGUGUUGUGUCCAACAUGGAAUAA